GGAAACGAUAGCGACGCCUCCCCCUAGGAGCCCAUUUUUUCGACAAAUGUGUCACGGUGUAAAAAUUAUCUUGCUAGACCUGGAUCGUGAGAUGUUCAAUUUUUGUAUAAAAUAUUUUGUAUUAGUUUCUGAUAGUACCCUGUAUAGUGGUUAACUCGUCUCGUAAACGCAGACGUUUGUAAACGCGAACUGGAUUACUUGAAGGUUGUUUGUUAUAAUGCCAUUUUGACAUUUAUUCAACGACUGUUGGAAGAAACGGGUGCUGAACUAACAUAUUGAUAUUCGUAUUUAUUAGACUGAAUAGCCAACUAUGGAAGAAGAAAAGCCAAAGGAAGCCCCGUAUGCUGUUUCAUUUCUCUCUGAAGUUCUUGGUACCAUUAUACUUAUGUAUAUAGGUUGUAUGGGUUGCGUGGACAGCUUUCAAUUGGGGCCAACGCUACCAGCUUUUACAUUUGGCCUUGCCAUAUUGGCUUGUAUCCAGAUUACUGACCACAUAAGCCCAACGCACAUCAAUCCUGGCGUAUCAAUUGCAUUCCUUAUUGCUGGAAAGAUGCACUGGAAAAGGUUGUUGGUGUAUAUUCCAGCACAAUACAUAGGGUGUUUGAUCGGAUAUGGUUUGCUAAGGCUUACUGUCACAAACGCUACAGGGUUGUGUCAUCUGAAAGUGAAGGAACCUCUAAGCGUAUUUCAGGCUUUUGGCACCGAAAUCAUUUGUUCUUUCACACUGAUGAUCAUUGUAUUUGGAGCUACCGAUCCUAGGAAUGCAUCAAGGUCAGAUUCGUUUGCCCUGAGGGUUGCCCUAGGUAUCACUGGGAUAAUUUUUGCAGCAGAACCGUACACAGGUGCAGGACUGAACGCCGCUCGAAGUUUUCCAUCAGCAAUUUUCGACAUGAACUUCAAAGAUCACUGGGUAUAUGAAUUAGGUCCGCCUAUAGGCCAAUGCCUUGCAGCUGUGUUGUACAGAUUCACGUUUAGUAUUGAGGAAAAGUAUUCUCUUCACACGUUUCUUACCACGAAGAGAGGGGCAGAUCAGUAGGUGUCACGUCACGUCGUUAAUAUGGUUAUAAGAUUCUUUCUGUAUGGAUCGAGUGUCUUAUUCUGUUAAUUGCAAUAAAACAGCGGUUCCAUUAUCUAAUCUAGUGAUGAGCCUGCAAAGUUGAGCAUAAAUUUGAUGUCAUGUAUCCAUUUUGUUAAUGUCUCUGAAAAAUUAUUAGCAAUAGCGGAAGACACUGGAUAUAGUACAUUAGGUGUAUAUUAAUUUGGAGUUGUUUUGUUAAUUUUCUGAAUAAAAUCAUUGCAAC